AUGAGGUUUUUAGUUAUUUUUAUAUCCUAUAUUAUAAAGGAAUAUGUCUUCUACACCUUUAUCGAACUAGACUGGUCUUCCACUCCACAACAUUCGUAUGUUCAACUCGGUGACUCUACACCACCUGAAAAUAACUCAGAUGAUAUAUCAUAUAAUACUGAGCGGCCAGCAUUACUUUCCGCUAAGGAUGUCCUUUCUCUUGAUAUUGAUGAUAUCUAUCCUUAUACGUACUCAACUCUUCAUUUUGAAGACAACGAUACGGAAAAUAUAUAUGACGACGAAGACUACUUUCAACAGCUAUUACAGGCUAAUUUAAACGCUGAAAUAGAAGUAAUUAGCGUAGUCAGAAAUGAUAAACCUCCCGUUGACGACACUCCUUUAACUCCCAUACAGGAGAUUAAUCCUAUACCACCUUUGGAUACUGCACCUCUUUUAGAUAAUAUACCUAUAGUCGAGAACAUUAAUCCUAUACCAUCUUUGGAUACUGUGCCUCUUUUAGAAAACUUACCCAUAGUUGAGAACAUCAUUUCUAUACCACCUCUGGAUACUGUGUCUCUUUUAGAAAAUUUACCUAUAGUCGAGAACAUUAAUUCCAUACCACCUUUGGAUACUGCGCCUCUCAUAGAAAAUUUACUGAUAGUUGAGAAAAAAAAUACUUUGCUGGUCUCCCUGAAAAAAUUUCACGUGACUACGCCAAAACGUUCUGGUUAUAACAAGAUUUAUGAAAUUCGGCGCUCUAGGAGUUUCUUUUUUGAGCUUGCAGAUCAUAAUCAAAACACCAAUGAAAUUCAUUUGAAGAUACACACAAAUGAUUAUCACAUGAAAACUAAACCGAUUAGUUAUAAUAACACUAGUUCAUUCCCCAAUGACAAAUAUCAAAUCAGCUGCAUGCUUACACAUUUUUUCACCUCACAAAGAGUCAUCCCACGUCGAAUACAAGACAAAUAUUUUAAUUUCUUACGUAAUAAAUUAUUGGAUAGAAUUAAAAUAAUAAGAUCACGUGCUACUAGCACUUCUAAUCGAAAUUAUUCUACGAAAACAUUUUUUAAUUUUAUUCAUAAGAAACGUCAUUUUUACUUUGGCAUUUAUAUUCCUUGCCCCUAUAUUAAUGACCCUGAACAUUUUCAUAAUGACACACCAUGUAAUAUCCCUACUCCUUUCGUCAUGUCGCACAAUAGACGCUCAUGCGUUAUGCAUCAACAUACCUUCUCACAAAAGCAUUGUUUUAAAAAUAUUAAAAAGAAACAUGAAUCCAAAUUGGAUGAUAUUCCUACAGAUUUCUUCAAUGACAAAUCAUCUCACGCCAAUUUAUUAUAUUACAGAUGGCUUAAUGGUAAAUCAAAACAUAUUACCUCUAGACAACUGGGUAUUUCGUAUAACAGCAAUAUUCAAGCUAGAGAUCCCUCUACAACUUUCAAAAAAGGCAAAAAAUACAUGUAUCGAAAAUGCUUAGCCAAGCUCGAACAUAGUUGGUCUCCUAAUUUACGUACACAAAAACAACAAGAUAUACGUUUCAAGCGCUCUUGCCGUCGUGUUUUUAAUAAAUUGCGUCCACCACCUGAUCAUAAGGUCAAUAACCAGGAUUAUUUAGCGAUUGCACGCAGACAUCAUUUUCUAUUCAUGAAAUCUCAAAAGAUUAAUGCACCUGUUCGACACUUAUCGUACAAACAAUGUGAUUCAAUCCUGAACGCUAACGACUAUUCGUUCUUGGUUCCUUACUUCACUACGGACUUCAACCACAAGCAACAAAUCAUGACAAAACUCACUCAAGCAUCAUCAUCUACUGGCCCUUCUGCACCGCCUGAGAAUUAUGAUCCAAUUCCGGAUGUGUUCAUUCCUAAAAAAUACCAUGAUAUUAUACCUAAGGACCCGAUUUAUGUGAAUAAUCGUUAUGUGGUUCCUGGAUCUAGAGAAUGGUUUACUUAUAUGUAUAACGUUGAUGAAUCUUAUUAUCCACCAGAGAGUAGUACCCCUCGUUACAACGCUAAAGGGAAAUAUAUCGCAAGAACUCCUAUAUACCGAUCAGGAGUAGUAGAAAAUUACGUACCAUCUUAUAUCGUAGAAAAAUCUCAAUUACGGAGAAUGGAAAAAAUAAGAGAGGAAGCUUUAACAAAAGAGGCAGCAUAUCAUGGAACUACCUUCAAGCAUUAUAAUGCUCGUGCUAACAUUAUUAAAUCCUUAACAGACGCAUCAUUUCAUUUUCACGAACGAACACCUAGUUAUUUGGCCAGAAGACUAGAAAAUCACAAUUCAGGUUUUAGUAAUACCACGUUAGAUAAAAAUCAUAAUAAGGGUCUCAAGAAAAAUAAUCUCCGAACCCAAGGGGCUAUCCGAUUUCCUACGCAUCACUAUAUUGAUGUAUCAGAUGAUACAGCAGAGGUCGAAUAUCGACCAACAAACGUGAUAAUAUUAAUAAUGAGAAUCAUUAUUUCUCAUUUCUGGAUCAUAACAUGA